AACAAUGUGUCCUUAUUAUUGAUUUUAAUGAACGAAAAUUGAUUUUUACACUUUCCGAAUUUCUGUUUUUUCUUCUACAUGGAGAACCCGGGCAUCAUUUGACAUUUCCGGAACGAAGAUGAUUGGUCAACCCCCACCAAACUAUUUUUCCAAUUCUGUCCUUCCUGUUCUGUCUUCUAUACACGGGACAGUACUCUUAUUUUCCUUUAAAAUCAAAAACAAAAUAAAAAUGGUCCGCGCCUGGUACAUGGAUGACAGUGAUGCUGAUCAAAGAUUAGAGCAUCACAAAGAACCACCAGAAUUUGUAACGUUAUCAGAACUAUUCGACGUUUCUGGUACUGAAUAUUUUAAGGUCGACCAUGAGAAUUAUGACAAGGAUGAAACUUUGUUGAAGUUAAAGAAGGAACGUGGAUACACUUAUGAGGAUCAGAUAAUUUGCUCUGAGAAAUGUUUAUCGAACUAUGAAGAAAAACUGAAAAAUUUCUUUACCGAACAUCUCCACACUGAUGAAGAAAUUCGAUUGAUUUUGGAUGGAUCUGGAUAUUUUGAUGUCAGGGACAAGAAUGAUAAAUGGAUACGCAUUGAAGUUACACCAGGAGAUCUAUUAAUUAUCCCUAGUGGAAUAUAUCACAGAUUCACUCUUGAUGUCAAGAAUUACAUUAAGGCUAAACGUUACUUUGUUGGAGAACCUGUUUGGCUUCCUUAUAAUAGACCAGCAGAUGAGAUGGAAUGCCGAAAAACUUAUUUAGAAAAAAUUCAAAGAGGCUUUACUGUCGAAGUAAAGUGAAAUUAUGUUCAUGAAUCAUGUAAAAUACAUUCAAUUUUUUAAGUACUGCUCCUUUGUAAAACCACUAGCUAUAAGAAUUCAUUGAUAAUUUUAUAUCUAUUUUUGUUGGUUUUCAAUAAAAAGUAAAAACAGUUAAA